AUGGCCAGCCUUGCAGAGCGGCGUCUGGCUCUAUCGCUGCUCUUCGGCUUGCUCGCCCGCGGCGUCACGUCGAGCUGCGAGUUCAGGGGUCACUGCGCCAACGACGCCGACACCGACAAGGCGAUCCCAUGCGCGGUGCACCAGGACGCCGUCGCCUUGGAAACGCCCACGUCCUGGCAGGCGUUUGCGAACCUGUGCCCGCAGCUCGCCGCCGAGAUUCACCCGGACCGCAAGGUCUGCUGCGACGUCAGCCAGGUCGAGGACCUGGCUCGUGAACUGGAGCAGCCGGCUCGACUGGGCAUGGCCAAGUGCCCCGGCUGCAUGCUCAACUUCAGAGACUUCCUCUGCCGCAUGACCUGCUCGCCCAAACAGUCCGACUUCCUGGCCGUGAACGCGACGGCGCGGGAAGGCAUCGGUCCGCACGUCGUCGAGAUGAUCUACGCUGUCAGGGAGGAGUUCGCCCAAGGUGUGUACGACUCGUGCAAGGACGUGCGCAGCGUCGUGCUGGGCAUCAAGCUCAUGACGCUCAUGUGCGGUGGCCGCGUGUUCGGCUGCACGCCCCAGCGAUGGCUCGAGUUUUUGGGGUCCACGGCUCCGGAAGGCGGCUACUCUCCUUUCAAGAUCCACUACGUCCUCACCGGGGAGCCCGCUCUGCAGCGUGCUGGUCGCAAUUUGACUCCGCUCAGCGCGCCUUUCCUCAAAACCUGUUAA